UUUCGAGCAAAGAACAAGCAAAACGGUUUUUCUCUGCCUAUAGAGCUACACAAGCAAGUUGAUUAAAAAAAAAAGUAGCUUAUCGGACAUAAGCAAACCUGGAAUGCGGUAGACACCAACGGAGCGUUCAGAUCUCUCCCGCCCAGAAGUGUGACCAUUGAACCGGUAUCGAUUUUUGCCUUUCACUGCCGUCUCGUUGGCAGCAUAGUGGUAUUUGAUUAUUUGAACAGUCGUGAACGGCAGAUUGAGCCGAGAAGUGACAUUUUGAUAAAUCGCGGAUUUGCGGAAGGACAUUUAGAAACAGAAGGGGUUGUUUAGUGCCAAGAAGUAAAUCCCUCAUUAGUUUGUGAUAAAUCAAGUGAAGUCGGAAAAAGGGGAAAAUGAAGGUGGUGAAUGUUAACAGUGUGAAUCACCAGCAUCACUUGGACGGACUGCAAGCGACGCUGAUGGAAGACCCCAUCACUCCGAAGGCAACUUCGGACGUUGAGGAUAGUGCGUCCGGGCGAGAUCCGCCGGGUGGAGAUCCACAGGGAGGAGGUGGAUGCUGUUCGGGAAUCGUUUUACCAUCCAGCCAGCCGAAAACCUAUCAAAUCCAAGCUCUGCUGGAACGACACGAAAAUCCACAAACGGUUGUAGUAGCCGCCAAAACACCCAGCAAUCCCUCUCCAUAUUCCAUCACUGCAGUCUCGAAGCUGUUGCGGAAUCUGUAUCUCUGCGGCGGAAGCGCGGCCACGGUCCCCACCAUGAAGCAACUCGGCGUAACGCUGGUGAUAAAUGCAACGACUGAAUCGGAACUGCCAAACACUCCACUGCCCUGUGAUGAAACCUGUGGCUAUCUGCGGGUACCGGUCAAAGACAACCGCGAAACGGAUCUGGAUCGGUACUUCAACCAGGUGGCCGAUCGGAUUGAAGAGGAAUCGCAACGGAACGGUAUUACCCUGGUGCACUGCGUCGUCGGCGUCAGCCGGUCGGCAUCCCUGUGCCUGGCUUACCUCAUCAAGUACCAUCGGAUGAGUCUGAAGGAUGCCUACCAGCAUGUCAAAUCCCGGAGGCCUCAAAUUCGACCCAACGUGGCCUUUGUCAAGCAGCUGAUGGAGUUCGAGUUCAAGCAGACCGGGUCCCGGUCGGUCUUCAUGGUCUACUGCCACGCGCUGGAUCAGGAACUGCCGGACAUCUAUGAGCCGGAGUUUCGGACCAUGGAAAUGCUCUACCAUAAAUUCCGGCGGAACAUUGCUCGCCGCUAACGGAAUGGAUUCCGUUCGUUCGAAAUUUAUUCCCCCGCUCGUAAGAUGAUCUUUCACUGUGUAAACCAAAAAGGACAAAGAUAUGAAAGUCGACUGUAGGAUUAUUGAAGACAAGUUCAAAUAUUUAACCACGCUGACGCAUAUUUAGAUAUACUCGAAUGAUGUGUUUUCACUUCACCAAGUAUUGAUUACAUUAUGUAUACUGCUAGUAUCGGAUUAUUAGCGUAAUUUUAGCUCGUUAAGUUGCCCACCGUUGCACGUUCGAUAGGUUUCCGGCACAUAAUCGUAACUCUUUUUUGAGAUUAUUCUCAGUUUGGGACCACUUCUCGAUUAGUGAACGUUUCGUAAAUUUCCUUUUUCAAAGUUGAGAUGUUAGGUUUAAGAGCAAAGUUUAGACAAAGGACAACAAGUACCAAUUAAGUGUGAUUUUUGUGAUGGCCGACAAUUGUGAUGAUUGCGGCUCCAAAAAAAAAUCAUAUUCGAAUUCUUUUGAUUUAUCUGUCGUGUGUAAGAAAAUUUAGUUUUGUAAGGAAAUGUCUGUACUGUUUAACGAUAUAAGGACCAAUAAAGUAUAAAAUUAUCAACU